AUGUGCUGCUGUGUUCUCCCAUCAGGUAUCUGGUAUGGUAUCCUGGAGGGGAUCGGCGUGCUGGCUGUCAUCACCAACGCCUUCGUAAUCGCCAUCACCUCCGACUACAUCCCCCGCUUCGUCUACGCGUUCAGAUACGGACCCUGUGUGGACAAGGGAUACCACCACGAGAAGUAGGUCCAUCUAUCCACUCAGAUUAUACCUUGUGGCGUCGGUUCAUUUAAAGAAUGCUCUGGCCAUUCUACAGGGACACUUUGUGUCACGGUAUUAGUUGGUUGUUGUGGCUCAGUUGGUAAGAGUCCAUCGUAUUUUUUUUAAAUAUUUAUUUUUAUUUAGCUUUUAUUUAUUCAGAUGAGCCCAAUUGAGAGCAGGGUCUCUUUCUCAACGGUGCCCUGAGAACAAACAAUUCACAAAUCAACAUGAUCAUUCAAUAAAUGUCACGAUCGUCGAAUGGAGUAGACCAAGGCGCAGCGUGAUGAACGAACAUACUUCUUUUAUUUAAUGAAUGCACGAACAACAAAACAACAAACGAUAACGUGACGUCCUAUGUUAAACACAACAAACACGGAACACACCGAAAGGAACAAGAUUCCACAAACACUAAGGGAAAACAGGACUGUUUUAAAUAUGGCUCCCAAUCAGAGACAACCAGCAACAGCUGACACUCGUUGCCUCUGAUUGGGAACCACUCCGGCCCAACAUAGAAAUACAAGAACCAGACUGUGAACAUAGAACAAAAACACAUAGAAACUACACACCCUGGCUCAACAUAUAGAGUCCCCAGAGCCAGGGGUGUGACAGUACCCCCCCCCCCACCAAAGGCGCGGACUGCCGACCGCGGCAUCCACAUAAACCAACAGGGGAGGGCUGGGUGGGCAUUCCUCCUCGGAGCGGUUCCGGCUGCCUGCUGGCUGGAGCUGGACCUGGAAAUCGUAGGAGCGGAUUGCAUUCAGCUCCGGGGUGGAGCAGGACCGUACCUGACCAGGCAGGUGACCCAGGCACGGGUUGUGCCGGACUGACGACGAACACCCCGGAUUGGGGCGUGAGCAGAAACGGCCGGACCGGGCUGACGAUGCGCACCCUGGCUUGGGUAGUGGAGCAGGCAACGGGCCGGACCGGGUGACGAUGGCGAACCCCUGGCGUGGUGCGUAAAGCAGGAACGGGCCGGAUCGGGAUGACGACGACACACCCCUGGCUGGUGCGGGGAGCAGGGAACGGGCCGGACAGGCUGACGACUCGCACCCCUGGCCUGUGCGUGGAGCAGGAAACGGGCCGGACCGGGCUGACGAUGCGCACCCCUGGCUUGUGCGUGGAGCAGCAACGGCCAGGACCGGGCUGACGAUGCCGCACCCUGGCUUGGUGCGUGGAGCAGGAAAGGGCCGGAACCGGGCUGACGAUGCGCACCCCUGGCUUGGUGAGUGGAGCAGCUACGGGCCGGACCGGGAUGACGAUGCGCCCCUGGCUUGGUGCGUGGAGCCGGAACGGGGCCGUUACCGGCUGACGACUUCGCCACCCUGGCUUGGGCGUGGAGCAGGAACGGGCCGGGACCCGGGUGACGGCGCACCCUGGACUUGGUGCGUGGAGCACAAGGGCCGGACCGGGAUACGAUGGCGCACCCCUGGCUUGGUGCGUGGAGCAGGAACGGGCCGGACCGGGCUGCGAGCGCACCCCGGCUUGGUGCGUGGAGCAGCGACGGCCGGACCGGGCUGACGAUGCGCACCCCUGGCUUGGUGCGUGAGCCGGAAGAGGCGUACCGGCUGACGGACUCCACCCUGGGCUGGUGAGUGGAGCAGGAACGGGCCGGACCGGGCUGACGACGCCACACCCAUUGCUUGGGCGUGGAGCAGGAACGGGCAGGACCGGGCUGACGACUCGCACCCCUGGCUUGGGCGUGGAGCAGGAAGGGGGGGGGGGGGGGGGGGGGGGGGGGGGGGGCCCGGACCGGGCUGACGACUCGCCACCGUAGGCCUUGGUUGCGAGUGGCCGGAACAGGCCGGGCCGGGUGGCGCCGCGCACCAUGAGCUGGUGCGGGGAGCGGAAACAGCCGGUGGGCUGAAACGGGCGCCGUACCGGGCUGACGACACGCACCCUGACUUGGUGGUGAGCAGGAACGGGCCGGGACAGGGCUGACGACGCACCCCCCUGCUUGGUGGGUGGAGCAGGACGUGCCGACAGGCUGACGACUGCACCCUGGCUGUGGUGACGGGAGAGGGCCCGGACCGGGCUGACGACUCGCACCGUAGGCUUGGUGCGAGUGGCAGGAACAGGCGGGUGGCGCCGCGCAAUAUUAGUUGGUGCGUGGAGGGGCCGGAACGGGCCGGACCGGGCUGACGACUCGCACCGUAGGCUUGGUGCGAGUGGCAGGAACAGGCCGGGCCGGGCUGGCGCCGCGCACCAUUAGCUUGGUGCGGGGAGCAGGAACAGGCCGGGCUGGGCUGGCGACGCGCACCGUUAGCUUGGUGCGUGGAGCAGAAACGGGCCGGACCGGGCUGACGACUCGCACCCCUGGCUUGGUGCAUGGAGCAGGAACGGGCCGGACCGGGCUGACGACUCGCACCGUAGGCUUGGUGCGAGUGGCAGGAACAGGCGGGCCGGGCUGGUGCCGCGCACCAUUAGCUUGGUGCGGGGAGCAGGAACAGGCCGGGCUGGGCUGGCGACGCGCACCGUUAGCUUGGUGCGUGGAGCAGAAACGGGCCGGACCGGGCUGACGAUGCGCACCCCUGGCUUGGUGCGUGGAGCAGCAACGGGCCGGACGGGCUGACGAUGCGCACCCCUGGCUUGGUGCGUGGAGCAGGAAACAGGCCGGACCGGGCUUGACGAUGCGCACCCCUGGGCUUGGUGCGUGGAGCAGCUACGGGCCGGACCGGGCUGACGACUCACACCCCUGGCUUGGUGCGUGGAGCCGGAACGGGCCGUACCGGGCUGACGACUCGCACCCCUGACUUGGUGCGUGGAGCAGGAACGGGCCGGACCGGGUGACGACGCACACCCCUGGCUUGGUGCGUGGAGCAGGAACGGGCCGGACCGGGCUGACGACUCGCACCCCUGGCUUGGUGCGUGGAGCAGGAACGGGCCGGACCGGGCUGACGACUCGCACCGUAGGCUUGGUGCGAGUGGCAGGAACAGGCCGGGCCGGGCUGGCGCCGCGCACCAUUAGCUUGGUGCGGGGAGCAGGAACAGGCCGGGCUGGGCUGGCGACGCGCACCGUUAGCUUGGUGCGGGGAGCAGGAAACAGGCCGUGCCGGGCUGGCGACGCGCACCGUAGGCUGGUGCGAGUGGCAGGAACAGGCCGGGCCGGGCUGGCGCCGCCACCAUUAGCUUGGUGGCGGGGAGCAGGAACAGGCCGGGCUGGGCUGGCGACGCGCACCGUUAGCUUGGUGCGGGGAGCAGGAACAGGCCGGCUGGGCUGGCGACGCGCACCGUAGGCUUGGUGCGGGGAGCAGGAAAAGGCCGGGCUGGGCUGGCGACGCGCACCGUAGGCUUGGUGCGAGGAGCAGGAACAGACCGAGCCGGGCUGGCGACGCGCACUGUAGGCUUGGUGCGAGGAGCAGGAACAGACCGGACCGUACUGGGGACACACACCACUGGCCCUACGCAGGGAUCUGGAACGGGCCGGACCGGACUGGUAACACACCCCAGUACCUCUCGCCGUGCCUCUACAUCUUCCUUCCCCUCUUUGACCAGUAGCCCCCAUAACCUGGCGGCCUCCUCUGCCAACCUCCCAAUUCGCCCUGUGGCAGUCUCCUGCUGCCCAGUCGCCCAUGCCGUGUGCCCCCCCUAAAAAAAUGUUGGGGUUGCCUCUCGUCCGUCCGACGACGACACUGUUGACGCCGUUGCUCCUCUCUCGCCAGGGCCUUAAUCUUAGCCCAUGGCCCUUUUCCCCCGAGCAUGUCCUCCCAGGACCACACUUUGCCCACCUGGGCCAUCGCCAACCUCUCCAGCUCCUUUCCCGGCGCUUCCUCCCAUGUCCAGGCUGCCUGCUCCUGGACACGCUGCUUGGUCCUGGUAUGGGGGAUCUUCUGUCACGAUCGUCGAAUGGAGUAGACCAAGGCGCAGCGUGAUGAACGAACAUACUUAUUUUAUUUAAUGAAUGCACGAACAACAAAACAACAAACGAUAACGUGACGUCCUAUGUUAAACACAACAAAGACGGAACACACCGAAAGGAACAAGAUCCCACAAACACUAAGGGAAAACAGACUGUUUAAAUAUGGCUCCCAAUCAGAGACAACCAGCAACAGCUGACACUCGUUGCCUCUGAUUGGGAACCACUCCGGCCAACAUAGAAAUACAAGAACCAGACUGUGAACAUAGAACAAAACACAUAGAAACUACACACCCUGGCUCAACAUAUAGAGUCCCCAGAGCCAGGGUGUGACAAUAAAACAUCAAAGAUAAUCUACAAGAUACAGCCGUUGCAGAUACGCUACAUUUCAACAACACAAAUACGUUAUUACAACCAACCAAAACACUCACAAACCUAAGUGAAUUCAUUCCGCAUCAGCGUUCGAAACUGCCCUCUUGGCACCAGGGCCUCAAGAUGUAAUGAGGAUAGCAAAUUAUUCAAACUAAAGGCUGAUUUACCGAGGUUGGUAGCAACACGAGGGACCUCAAGAGUUAACCAACCCUGUGAGUGGGUUUGAUGCCUCGUAUUUAUAUACUCUAACAGAGAAGUGAGAUAUGUUGGAAGCUUGUGCAGCAGAGCUUUGUAACAAAAGGGAGAAAUGAAGUGAUCCCAUGGGAAUUUAGAGCCGUCCAGCCGACCUUCUGAUAAAGGAUGCAGUGAUGAGUAUUAAACUUGUCACCUGUUCAUAGGAUAAAGCUUAGAACAUGAACAACUUCAUAGUUAAGAACACUAUAACAAUAUGGAAGAAAAUGAAACGUAUUCUACAAUAAACAAUAUCACUCCCUAAAAACACAACUUUAUGGAACAAUCCUUGGAUAGCUUUUCAGAAUUCACCGAUAAAUUGGUCCACGUGGAAAACUAAAGGAAUAGAAACCGUAAAAUGACUUGGUAACAGGAAAUACAUUUAUUUCCAUGACAGAAUGAAAAAGUGCAUAUCACGAAAUUUCGAUUUUGAAAUCUUUUUGGACAUCAAAGCAACCUUGAGGGAAUCUUAUUUGAGGUAAGAUACACAAAACCUAUCCAACCGACAAUUUCUUAGAAAAAAAAAUAGAAACUAUUGGAACCAAGACUUAAAAAGAACUGAUGUUGGCACAAAAUGGAGGGAAAGUUGGAGCAUACCUAACGAAAUGACAGUUAUUAGCUAAGAUGUAAUCCAGUAAAAAACCAACGUAUAGAAUGUAUUAUACAAGAGACAAAAUUCACAAAUUCUACAGCACAACGGCAGAGUCAUGUCUCAAGUGUAAAGCUAACAAUGACUCCAUUCCCAAUAAUCCAUGCCUUCUGGGAAUGCUAUGAAGUCCAAAAGUUAUGGGCGGAGCUAGAAAGUUGGCUGUCAGAAGUUUUACAAUGUAAAUGUACUUUUAAUCCGGUACAAUUUAAGGCCAAGUGGCAAACAAUAAUGCAGGCAGUGGGGAUGUGAGCAUGUGGCUCUGAGCAGAGGAGAUGUAGACAUUGUUUGUAAAUUUAAAAUCAAAUAUUAUUUUUAAAAAAUUAAAAAGAUAUAUAUAUAUAAACCUGUCACCUGUGAUAAAGCGAACUGCGCUAUGGUACACUGCAUCCAAGUGUUUUAGAAUAGUGGCUGUUGCAUUCUGGUAAAUGGUGUCACCAUAAUGCCUGUAUAAUCUGCUUCCUGCUGUUUAGGAGAGGCAUGAUCUAUUUCUAUAAAAGAAGCCUACUUUUAAAUCUCAGCUUCUUAACUAGCUCAUCCGUAUGUUUUUUUUUUUAAACGUAACAUUUUUGUCAAUUUAAAAGCCCAGAUAUUUAUAGGCGGGAACCUGCUCCAUGAGAGAACCAUCCAAUGCAUAAAUGUGUAAACCAUCUGAAAUAUUUCUAAGAGAAUUAGAAAACAACAUACAUUUAGUUUUUUCCGCAUUAAGUACCCAUUUUAAAUAAACAAGGGCUUUCUGCAAAGCAACAAAAUCAGAUUGCCGCUCUAAUUUAUCCUGGUCAGCAGUAGGGGCAAUCUGCAUACAGAUGAAUGUUACAGGUUUUUGCAGACAGACCAAUAUUAUUUAUACAGAAAAAAUAUAUAAACGCAACAUUUUCAAAUAUUUUACUGAGUUACAGUUCAUAUGAGGAAAUCAGUCAAUUGAAAUAAAUUCAUUAGGCCUCUAAUCUAUGGAUUUCACAUACUAGGAUACAGAUAUGCGUCUGUUGUAGGGUUGAACGAACCGGUUACCGAGAUUUACCUCCCAGGACCACUCCAUUUUCCUGGGAUAAAUAACUGUGAGAAACCAGUAAAUUAUAAUAAAUUAUUUAUAUGAACAGCAUGACGUGAAAUGGAACUGUUAAGUUAUAUGCAAAGUCUAAAUCUGGAUUCUCUAUGGCUUUCUCUCGGGUCACUGCAUGAUGAAUUAUCAAUGCUCAGGGUGGGGACCGACAGCCCAUCUCAUUAUGUAGACCUAUCAUGUCAUCAUGGUAACCUAUUUUAUUGUGAGAGGUAGGCCUACAUUUGCUGCAGCAUUAGUCUAUGCUACAGUUAUAUACAGUGGGGAAAAAAAGUAUUUAGUCAGCCACCAAUUGUGCAAGUUCUCCCACUUAAAAAGAUGAGAGAGGCCUGUAAUUUUCAUCAUAGGUGCACGUCAACUAUGACAGACAAAAUGAGAAAAAAAAAUCCAGAAAAUCACAUUGUAGGAUUUUUAUGAAUUUAUUUGCAAAUUAUGGUGGAAAAUAAGUAUUUGGUCAAUAACAAAAGUUUCUCAAUACUUUGUUACAGGUGGGGAAAAAAAGUAUUUAGUCAGCCCACCCAAUUGUGCAAGUUCUCCCACUUAAAAAGAUGAGAGAGGCCUGUAAUUUUCAUCAUAGGUACACGUCAACUAUGACAGACAAAUUGAGAAAAAUAAAUCCAGAAAAUCACAUUGUAGGAUUUUUUAUGAAUUUAUUUGCAAAUUAUGGUGGAAAAUAAGUAUUUGGUCACUACAAACAAGCAAGAUUUCUGGCUCUCACAGACCUGUAACUUCUUCUUUAAGAGGCUCCUCUGUCCUCCACUCGUUACCUGUAUUAAUGGCACUGUUUGAACUUGUUAUCAGUAUAAAAGACACCUGUCCACAACCUCAAACAGUCACACUCCAAACUUCACUAUGGCCAAGACCAAAGAGCUGUUUUCAACUCCCUCCAAAGAUUUUCUAUGGGGUUGAGAUCUGGAGACUGGCUAGGCCACUCCAGGACCUUGAAAUGCUUCUUACGAAGCUGUACAUUACCAACCCAUAAAGUCAAAUGCAACAUCCAUUUAUGGUCAGCUAUGUAAACUCCAACAUUGAUUUAUCCUGCAAUAGAGUUAAAUUGGUGAUAUUCAUUUGUGUCUUCUUCUAAUGCCUCUUAAGGGGAAAGUCAUCCAAAAGUAACUGAAAGUAAUCAGAUGAUGUUACUGAGUUUGGGUAAUCCAAAAGUUACAUUACUGAUUACAAUUUUGGACAGGUAGCUAGCAACCCUACAUCAAGGGCAGACCAUUCUACAGCCACACUAGUCUCUAGUUAGUUAUCGCACACAAGAUUUGGUUCCUUGGUUCAUGUGUUCCAGUUUGUGUUCCAGUUUCUGUUCCAGUUUGUGUUCCAGUUUGCCUUGGUUUCUGACCCCCCCAUCUCUCUCCAUGGCAGGGGUCUGCGAGGCUACAUGAACAGCAACCUGUCGGUGUCUUGGUUUCUGACCCCCCCCAUCUCUCUCCAUGGCAGGGGUCUGCGAGGCUACAUGAAUAGCAGCCUGUCGGUGUCUUGGUUUCUGACCCCCCCCAUCUCUCUCCGUGGCAGGUGUCUGCGAGGCUACAUGAACAGCAGCCUGUCGGUGUUUGACAUGGGCGUGCGCUGGAACGUGAGUGAGGAGCAGAGUAGAUACUGCAGGUACAGAGACUACAGAGCCUUCCCCUGGAGCCCCAGUACCGUACGACUUCACUCUGCAGUUUCGGCACGUCCUGGCUGCAAAGACUAGCCUUCAUCAUAGUCUUCGAGGUAGGUCAGCACGCCCACACUCUGUCUGUCUGUCUGUCUGUCUGUCUGGCACGUCCUGGCUGCAAGACUAGCCUUCAUCAUAGUCUUCGAGGUACGUCAGUACGCCCACGCUCUCUCUGUCUGUCUGUCUGUCUGUCUGUCUGUCUGUCUGUCUGUCUGUCUGUCUGUCUGUCUGUCUGGCACGUCCUGGGUGCAAGACUCACCUUAA